AGUUAGUCAGUAUUUGAUGGCACAAAAGUUGUUUCUUUUUAGUUUUCCUGUAAUAUUACCUAUUGUAAAUUGAUAAAAAAUGACUUAUUACCUAGAAAUUGAUAACGCUUAUCCAGGCAAGUAUAAAAUAUUGCGUAUUUUUCAUACUCGUUUGAAAGACCUGCGAUUGUAUCGCCUAGGCUGAAAGUGACCUGUUGAUAUCUUUGUUUAUAUAAUAAUACUUGUGUAUACUUGUUUGUUCAUUAUAUAAUUUACUUUCCCUUUGUGUUAAUACUGUAUCACGUGACUCAAGGCUCUAAUACAAGCUCAUUCAAACCACAUCUCUCAAGAAAUGUGAAAUAUUGGUACUAAAUUUAUUUACACUUUGAGAAAUGUACUUAAAAUCUUUAGUAUUACUUUUACUAGCAUUAAAAAGUUAUUGCGAACAGAAUUUUACGUUAGAACAAGUGUUGAUACUCAGCAGACAUAAUGUGCGGACUCCUUUGUCUAAGAACUUAGCAGAUUUUACACCAAAACACUGGCCGGCUUGGAAAGAAAAAUCUGGCUACCUGACAGCCAAGGGCGCCUUACUGGAAGGAUACAUGGGCGAAUAUUUCGCUCUAUGGCUGAAUAAACAAGGUUUGUUGCAAGAAAAGUGUCCGAAAGAAGAUAUAUUUUUUGUUUAUGCAAAUACCGCACAGCGGACGUUAGCCUCAGCUAAAGCUUUUGUGAAUAAAGGAUUCCCGGGAUGCGAAGUAAAAAUACACCACACUUCAGAGCCUAAAGAUCCAAUUUUUAACCCUGUAGUACAUAACACUUCAGCUUUAUUUAAACUCGAAGCCAUAGAACAAAUGAAAAUGUUACUAAAAUCCCUACACUUAAAUAGUUCUUAUGUAGACUUAGAAGAAAUACUUAACUAUAAGCAAUCAGAAUAUUGUCUAACAGAACAUAAAUGUAACUUACUCACAGAUACAAAUAAAAUCUUUGUCAACGUUGGUGUCAAACCUAAUUUGGAAGGGCCAUUGAAAAUUUCGAAAUCGGUCAUAGACUCGUUUAUAAUGGAGAACUAUGAAGGUUUUCCCAAAAAUGAGGUUGCAUGGGGACAAUUAAAAAAUAAAGAACAGUGGAAUUUAGUCUUAGACUUAAGCAAAGGGUAUCAUAGUGUUAUAUUUAACACAACUUUAAUAGCUAGGGAUUUAGCUAAGCCGUUAUUGACUUACAUGAGAGAUUUAAUAUUAGAUAAAAAAUAUAUAAUCAGUUUUCUAAUGGGCCAUGAUGCUAAUAUUUAUACAGUACUUAAAAGCCUAGAUUUUAAGCCAUAUAGUUUAAAAGGUCAAUAUGAAAUGACUCCGGCUGGCGGGAAACUUGUGUUUCAAAAAUGGAAGGAUCAGAAUUCUGGAAUAUGUUAUUUAAAAGUGGAAUAUGUUUACCAGUGUACCAACCAAAUGAGGGAAGGUAGAAGAUUGUCUAUGGAUAACCCUCCAGAGUUUACCCCUUUGCAAUUGGAGGGUUGUAAAACUGAUGAUAGUGGAUUUUGUCUAUGGGAUGACUUUGUUGCUUUACUAAACAGCUUGGUUGAUUAAUUAUAUAAAAAACGUGUCAUAAUAUUUUUAACUUUUUUUAUAUAUUAUACUAGCCGUUUUCCUGUGGUUUCACCUGACACCAGUGGGAACGAAUGCCCAUACCUGGAUAAUAUAGAGCCUAUGUUACGUAGGAAGAGUGUAGCUUUCCAACUGUGAAAGAAUUUCUCAAAUCGGUUUAGUAGUUUAUUAGCUUUUAGGGUACAAACAAAAAAAAUAUAUAUUUUUAUUAUAUUAGUAGUAUAGAUAGACAAAAAAUAAUAUUUUGUAAUGCUAGUGAGGUAGACGCUCCACAUGACACUCUGGUACUCAGCUGCAUCCGGUUAGACUGGAAGCCGACACUAACAUAGUUGGGAAAAGACUAGGCAGAUGAUGAGAUUUUGUAAUGCUAGUCUUAUAAUCAUAUGAAUUUAUAUUGCUUGUAAUAUACAUAGACCAUUACCGUCUUACCACAAAAACUUUUAAACGUCAGUUUAAAACUUGUCAAAAAAAUGACAGAUUAUGACGUUGAAAUAAGGUCCAUUUUGCAGCCACACUUUUUUUAGACAAGUGUUUGACACCAUGUUUAAGCUUUUGUAGAAGACCAUUAGUGUUUAUAUGAAUGUUACAUCUGUAUGUUACCUUGCUUUUAUCAUUAGGAUAAGAAUAAUACUCUUGACAUUGAGAUUUAUGCAAUAUCAUGCAAGUAUUAGUGAGAUGGCUAAAGGUAUGUUUUAAAUACUAACUGCCGACUGCAACUGCACUAUUUUAUAUUAGUAGUAACCAAGGGGUAUUGGGUUGCCCAGGUAACUGGGUUGAGGAGGUCAGAUAGGCAGUCGCUUCUUGUAAAGCACUGGUACUCAGCAGAAUCCGGUUAGACUGGAAGCCGACCCCAACAUAGUUGGGAAAAGGCUCUGAGGAUGAUAUAUAGCUUGUGCUAUCUAGUCAGUCAGCCCUCAGUUAUCGACCGAAUUCGGCAGUUGCAGUUGGUAGCUUCCUUUCAAACCGUACCUUUAGUGUGUAAAAAUUAACUACAUAUUAUUAUGUGUGAAUUGUUUUUAUUUAUCAUCUGAGCAUAUAUCAUAUUUUCUAUGUAAUAGCAUAAUAUUACAGUUUAUUAUUUUGUAAAUAAAAAUAUUUUUAACUAUAUUUACUCAAUACCAGUUACCAUUAGUUAGAACUGUACUGUGAAAUACUCAAAUAUCUAGUGAAUUAUAUAUUUUUUAAUAAAGAAAUGCUUCUAUUGAGUAGUUUUAAUUAAAAAAAAAAAACAUUUAAACUGGUUAAGAAUAAAAAAAGGGAAUAAGUAUAAUA